AUGGCGGCGCGGGCCGGGCCGGGCGCCAUGGCGGAGCCGGCGCUGCUGAGGGAGUACGUGUCGCACCUGGCGGCCCGCGCGGCGCAGGGACAGCUCGCGGCCUGCGCCGACCCCGCGCUCAAGGCCCGGGCGCGGCGGCUGCUGGGCCCGGGGCGCCGCGGGGCCCUGGAUGUGCGCGGCGUGGCCGAGCGCUGCCGGCGGGCGCGGGGCGGCCGCGGCCCGCGCGACCUGCUCAAGGCGCUGGAGCUGCUGGAGCUGCUCUGCAUCAACCUCCUGCUGUGCCCCUGGCGCCGAGAGAUCCGCUCCCUCAAGACCUUCACUGGGAAUUUUGUCUACUACAUCCAACCAGUGCUCCCAGAGGAUAUUGUGAAAGCAGUCCUGGAGAAAAUAGGUUAUGUUGCAACUACAGCUACAGAGUUUUCACUUGUCAAAAAGAGGAACAAUGAGGAAAUGAAGCAGACUGCAUUUGAGAUAUUUCUGGCAAGAAUCGAGUGUGAAGCCAUCCUCGAGAUGACAAAUGAAGAAAAACAUGGCAAUUUGGAGAAGAGCCUGCAGAAGGGAACACAAACACAUCGGCAUCAAGGAGAGGAGGAUGAGGAAGAUCAGACAGCCCAGAGAGGAAACACUGAAAGUCUGGGAAAUGAAGGGAACAGUGAGACACCUUUGUGCCUUGCUCCCCAGCAGAAGUGUUCAGCUGCCUAUGCUGCAUCCUUUGAAGCUGCUGGGAAUCUGAGGAUCAAAGGGGAUGUGGCUCAGUCAGCAGCUGCCGCGUCCCCCAUCAGCCUCCAGGAGCACCAAAGGCAAGGCAUCAACACCACGCAUCUCCCAGGCAAGUGCUCAGACAGCGAGGACUUCCUGAUCAAAUACAGUGACAUUGUCAUAGGACAAACACCCAUCUUCAGUGAGAUUCUCUCUCCAAAGGCUUUGGAAAAGGAGCCAAGAGCCAGGCUGAGUGAGGAGCGUGCCUUGGCAGGGGCUGCAGAGUCAGCUACACGUGCACCGGGGCCUGCCCCUCUGUCACCGGGAGCCAGUGGCCCCCCAGCCUUUGCCAUGUUUGUUGACGGCUCCUGUGACAGCAAAAUCACCUUGGAGUUUGAAGCUCCAGGAGUCCCAGAAGGAUCCAUUGAAGCAGAAAUUAAUGAUGCCAUAAAUUGCAUAGACCCAGCCCCCGGUGAUGAACCCACUGAGCUGAAGUCUCUGCCCUACAAGGACUUUGCCUCUGCCCAAAACUGCAACAUCCCCAGGGAAGAGGAUGUUUGUGAACUGGCUUUAACCUUCACAGAACUACAAAUCAAGGAUGUUCAGGAAGAACUUACAUAUCCAGUAGAGGAAACUGGCCAGCCUGAGGCAGUGGCCUAUGCAGGAACAAGUGACAGGCACAUUAGAGAAUCUAAUCGCUCCCAGAUAAAACACACAUACCUGACUGAUGCUGAGCCACACAGGAGAGCGGUGUCACACACUAAGCCACCUUCAGGUCUGUGCUGUCCUGCCGGGCACACGGAGAAUUCCACUCCUGGUUCUGACAGCAAGAGACUGUUCAUGGAUCCUGCACACCCAGCUUCUGAGUGCUUCAGGCACGUCAGAGAGCCCCCCAACCUCACUUACAUCCCCCCCCAAAGCAUUGAAGUGCGGCACUCACACGGGGGCAGGAGCAGCGCGCAGGGCAGGAGGAGCCUGGUGCAGCCUGCAGGUGACUCUGCUGGAGGUAGGGAAGGGAAGCUGGAGAACUGUAAUUCCCAAGAGACUGACACCCAGGAGCCUUAUGUCAUCAUUGACAGAACCGACCAGGCAGUGCUGGGCCAUCACACCUGAGUCUGUAGUGCUUUAUUUGUAAUACCUGGGGGGAUUGUCCUCUCACCUGUGGCCUUGAUCCUGUUGUCAGGGACGUGACUGGCUUUGUCAAUUCUGAAAAAACCCAAACCACAUCACUGCUUUAGGACAGUGAAUAGCAGGAGUUACACAAAUUCUUAAUGGUUCCUUUCACAAGGAAAGCUGAAUGGUCACCUUUAUAAAGGGUAGGCAAGGUUAUACAAGUUUAAAUCCAUUUAAUUCAUCAGUCAGAUUCCUUCUGGCUGUUCUUAGUGCCAGACAGGUUUCUUCAGCUGGGCAUCCCACUUUUCUUUUUUCCCUUCACAAACUUAUUCCUGGACUACUCUUCCAGUACAAGGUAAAUUCUUCUAAGCUGGAAGACCCAGCUUCACAAAUGCCGUACUGGAGUGUACUUCUAUUAACACUCUGCAUUCCUUUGAAGCUGUGUCUGAGCAAAUCUUCCUCCUGACUUCAGCUGAAAACAGGUCAAGAAAGUUUGAUAACAUUCCUUUAGCUUUAAAGAGGGAAACAGCUCUGUGAACACUUGGUUUUGUAGAGGCAUUAACCUGAGUUACAGGUUUUAUAUCUGCCUCCAUUUGUUACCAAAGUAUUUUGUGGCCACCACUACAUUUUCCAAGAGAAGCCUUGAGCUUUUUAACUGUUCACUCCCACCAGAAGAGAGAAGUCUAGCUAUGGCUGCCAUUUCCCUUGCCCCUGCUCCUGACACUUAAUUCUGCACCAAAAGUUCACGGAAUUGUUCUGCAGGCUAGUUCUCCUCACUAAAAUGAAGGGAAAAAACCUCAUUCUUCACCAUUUCAGUGGCAGGAAAAAAAAAUGUGCUCAGAGAAUGAUCCCAGUGAGCAGCAGAGGCAGAAUCAGGGAUAUCCUGCAGGUGGGAGUGCUGUGUGGAAAGCUCAGGAGUGUUGGAUCAGCUGGGGCCCCAGCACUGAGCCUGUGUCACACACAGCUCUGAAGUCAUUUAAGAAAGCACGCUGCUGUUGUGCUAAGGCACAGUCUCCAGUGCUUCUUCAUACAGACAUCUCCAAGGGGUGUCAGAGGGUGGUGCCCAGCAGCAGAACAAGGAGCAAUGGCCAUAAACUAAAACACAAAGUUUCAUCUCAACAUGAGUAAGUAUUUGUUUUCGUGGAGGGGGCAGGGCCCUGGAGCAGAUGCCCAGGGAGGCUGUGGAGUCUCCUCUGGGCAUUCCAGACCUGCCUGGACACACUCCUGUGUGACCUGCUCCAGGUGACCCUGCCUUCCAACUCUAAAAAUUCUGGGAUUCUGUGAUGCACUUGUUACCUAGAAAGACACUUUAAUACUGCUUCAAGCAGCUUUUUCAGUAGCCCUGAAAUGUGUGCUGGUUUGAGCUGGGUUAAAUUUUCGUCACAGUGGCUAGUAUGGAGCUCAGUUUUGAAUGCUAAAAAAUGCCUUUCAUAUACAGUUAAAAUAGUAUAUGAAAUUAAUUUUGUAUGAAUUGUUUGUAAUUGACUUUCAUCCCCCCCAAAAAAUUCAGAGGAGCACAUAUGGAUUAGACUAGAAAAACCUCAGGAACUAAAAUAUAAAGAUUGGCUUUUUGAACAACUAAUGGUUGAAAUUUAUCAGGGUCAUCCCCUGAUUCCAGCAGUGUAGGAGAAACGUAACUUUGCCUGAGGUAACACCAAGGGACAGGACUACCUUCAGCUCUGGGCGGGGCUGUGAGAAAUGGGCGUUAGGAACAAAAAGCGUUCACAGGGCUGUGUCCUGACAAGUAACAGUGGCAUCCUUUGGGCUGUAAGAUUCUCUGUACUAAACCAUUAAGUGACAUUUUCUAUGCUGUGCAAAAUGUAUGUCCAUAGUGAAAUUAAAAUUAGGAACAAACUGCAGAUGACCGAGCUUCAAACAUAUAGAACCAUUUCCAAAGAAAUGGUUCUUUUGGACUCUUAGAGAAGAAAAAGUUUUGAAAGCUCAACAGAAGGUAUUGAGAAUAUUUCGUAUCCCCCUACAAAGAAGCUGCAAUAAGUAAGAUAAUUACUUACCACACAAAAUCUUACUUUUAAGCUCAAAUUCUAAAGAUUUACAACAGAGCAGCAGAAUGGCAUUCCUGGGAUCACAAACUUUAGUACUUCACUAGGAAAUACUCUCUCUGUGCACUUAGUAAGUUGCAGUGAUUUAGAAAAGAAACAGCUCACCAGAUGGGAAGGACAGGACAGGAGCUGCAAUUCCCAACUGGAUGUGGUUCUUUUGGUGCAAUGGGUUUUAGGCAAACCACAACCCUGCAAGAGCAGUGAUGUCCAAAAGCAGCACCAUCACAUACUGUUGAAAAGCCACAUAACUGAAUGUUUCUACCCUGCACUAAGUGCCUAACAAAUGUCUGUACAAAGUGAUCAAAGUGCUAAUGAAGCCUUGCUUGUUCCGGCUAAAUCAACCAGAACCAGACCAGUAGGGGGAAAAUACUUUCUGUACUUCUGGGAUCAUUUCCCUAACAUUACCCAGAAAAUCAGUGUGAGAGCAGUCUGAGUGCUGCAUUGAAAGGAUUCCCUUGAAGGCAGCACUCAGAGGGUAAAGCACGAGUGAAGGGCAACUCGGCACUUCCUUUAACAAGUCCAGGAAUGAAACCCCCACUGGUUUUCUCUACUCUCCAAGUACUUACAGGUCACAAUAAACUGAUUGUGAUAUAAACCCAAAAAACACCUGUGUUUUUCUUUACAAAAAGAAGUAAAAUCAAAGAAUGCAAACCAGUUAAGAAAUCAAUUAAUUCUAGGAUUUUUUAAGAAAAAUU